UUUGGGUGUAAAAAACAGAGAAAAAUCUGAGCCUUCGGAUUGUUUUCUUCUUCGAGCCGCAUACGCACCGCUUUGAGAUGUCAAACCGGCGUCGGCUUGCGCUUCGACUUCCAGUUCCAGACGAUCUUUGGAUUGAAAUCCUGGUAAGCCUACCCGUGAAAUCGCUUUUAAGAUUCCAGUGUGUUUCAAAAUCAUGGAAAUCCAUUAUCUCUAGCCCUACAUUUAUUUCAAUGCACGCCCAUCAUAGUGAGAGCACCCACAAUCACGCUCACCACCUUCUACAUUGCUACGCAUAUCAAGAAGACGGAGUGACGGAUAGGCAAUACCAAUUAUUCCAUAUCAAUGAUUCAUUCAACGAGUUUCAAAAACUUGAAUAUCCAUGCCAAAUUAGAGGCGGAAGUUAUGAAGUGGUCCUUGAUUGCAAGAGACUAUUACUUUUUGCGCCUUUGGUUAGAAAAAAUGGUUUGGCGUCCCUAGUUCUAUGGAACCCUGCAAUUAGAAUGUCUAUGACUCUUUCUCAACCUUACAAGUUUGAUAGAACCGACAGAAAAUACCUUAUUUACGGGUUCGGUUUUGAUCAUACAAGUAAUGAUUACAAGGUGCUGAGAAUGGUGUUAAUUGCCGAGUUAGGUAGUAGAUUAUCCACGGUGCCAUUUCUAUCUCAUGCGGAGCUUUAUAAACUUCGCACAGGCACUUGGGAGACUGUUAGGGUUUCCGAAGAUUUUCAAUAUGCCAUACCAAAUAAUAGGCAGGCUUUAGUGAAUGGGGCAAGCCACUGGGUUGGAUAUCAUAAAAGAGAUAUGGGGUCCGAUCUUCCUGAAUUGGUGGUUUUGUUGUUUCAUAUGUGUGAUGAGGAAUUCCGAGUGAUGAAGCUUCCGGAUUGUCUAAGUAGUUUGGAUGAAGAUUUUACUACAAUUGGGGUUUCUGGUGGAUUGCUUUCUUUACUGGAGGAUAAUUUGCAAGAUGCUAGUGUUUGGUUGAUGAAGGAAUAUGGCGUAGUAGAGUCUUGGACUAAACAACUUACCCUUAAAGAUGGUGGGUGGCUUAGGCCAAUGUUCAGUUUUUGGAACAACAAAAUGAUUUUGGAAUUGAAAAUGAGAAAAGGGUCUAUGGGCUUGUUAUAUGAUCUCAAGACCCAUAAAUUGAUUACAAAUCUAAGAAUAAGAAGUGAUAAAGUCAACAGAUAUCUUCAUGCCAAUAAUACUUUUGUUGAAACUCUAGUUUUACUCAAUGAAGUACAUGCUAUACGAGAGUGCAAGAAUUGUGUAAGGAAAGACAUGUGGUGUGGCUCAGAGAAGAUCGAAGAAGAGAAAAGAAAGAAUUGUUUGAGAGGAGAAGGCUAAUUAAGCAAAGCACAAUAUAUAUAGAUUGGUAUUGCAAGUGUAAAGUCGGAGACUGAGAGGUAGUGAGACAGAUGAUUAUUUUCAUUGCAUCAUUCUGUCACAAAGGAACAUUGGUCAUGACUUAUGCUUAUACUUGAACUAUGGCAAUUUCUAUGAUAUUGUAAUAUGCAUUUACUAUGAUGUAGUAUGAUAUAAUUAAUAUGCACUUUCAGUUUUACAUUAAAAGUGUCAUGUUGAGUGAUGUAUUAGGCUAUGUUACUUUUUCUUGUUUGUUAGUGGAAUAUGGAAUGGUGGAAUGAGCCAUAAUCCGAGUUCAGGGGUACGUCUAGAGAAGUCAAAUCAUUUGUGCUCAUGAGGUUGUUGGUACUUUUCUUGUUUUUGUCCUUUGUUAGAACAAUAAAAUGGAAAUAAUGAUCCUUU